AAAGACAAGGAUGAAGAAAUGAUAGUUCUGAAAAUUUCUAAUGAUUCUUUGGCAAUCAACGGAAAAACUUUUACAUUCGACUUGGUUGCUGACAGAGGCAACGCAUGUAAGGUCUUCAUGGAGAUAUAUUUUCCACCUUAUGGGAGCUCCACUUGUUGAAAAUUGUAUGACAUGUUUCAACAUUUCCAUUUUUGCCUAUGGACAGACGGGAUGUGGGAAAGACUUGUAUGAUGCGGGGUCCAGCCAACACAUUGUUGGAUUAAAAGCAUUUCUAUCUAUCAACAAGCUGUUUGUGGAACUUCUUUCUAUUGGAGCAAAAGAAGAAUGCUGA